UCAGUGGUUUGAGCAUUGGCCUGCUAAACCCAGGAUUGUGAGUUCAAUCCUUGAGGGGGCCAUUUAGGGAUCUGGGGCAAAAAUCUGUCUGGGGAUUGGUCCUGCUUUAAGCAGGGGGUUGGACUUGAUGACCUCCUGAGGUCCCUUCCAACCCUGAUAUUCUAUGUAUCCUGUCCAGCCUGAGGGUCGUGCUGAACCAACGGUGUCUUCUCGAAUGCUCUGGCUGCGCAAAAGGACGUCCCUUCGGCGAGCGGGCUGAGAUCCCCCCCGCUGCCCGGUUCUUCCAACGCCCGGGCUAGCUCCUGUGUGAAUACGCCCCACGACAGAGCCGGGUCUGGAAGCUGAUCGCAGCCAAUUCGGGGACCCACGAAAAAAACAUCGCCCCAAGCGAGCACCAGGAUGGGCCCCCCAAGGAUGCUGCGGAGAUGGAGCCGGACGCUGGUCCUGGGUGUGAGCAUCAGCUUCAGCAUCUCUGUGCUGUGGAGGCUUCAGAGCCCUGAGGACCCAGUGAUGGGGGCGGAGCAGUGUCAGGGGCUGCUGCAGAACUGGAGCGCAGGGACCCUCCCCGCCAGGCUGGACCAGGGCUGGAUCUUGAGGCAGCUGAAGCUGGUGCACAGCUGCCCCUGGGCGCAUAAUGCCAGCGCCCUGGGCCAGUACAGGGAACAGCUGGGCAGCUGCUGUAACGCUUCAGCUGACCUGGUGCUGACCCAGAACAACACCCAGCUGGGAUCCCAGAUCGUCUACGACGCUCAGCGGAACAAGAAGCAUCCAGUGAAGGAGGAGCUGCUGGAGAUGCUGCCGCAGGUCUCCCCGUUUCAGGGCGCCCCCUACGAGUGCUGUGCCGUGGUGGGGAAUGGGGGGAUCCUUCAUAACAGUGGCUGUGGCCCCGAGAUCGACCGCGCCCAGUUCGUCAUCAGGUUCAACCUGGCCCCCAUGGACAAUGCUGACGACGUGGGCACCAAAUCGAGCGUCAUCACCAUGAACCCCAGCAUCCUGCACGCCCGGUUCAGGGGUCUGAGCCGCUGGCGCCGACCUUUCGCAGAGGUGGUGGGUGCCUAUGGGGCCCCGCUGCUCCUCAUCCCGGCCUUCAGCUUCGUCGGCCAGAGCACAGUCUCAUUCCAGGCACUCUACACCCUGGAGGACUUCGGCUCCCCAGCCCGCGCCGUCUUCAUGAACCCCGAGUACCUGGCACGGCUGGACGGGCACUGGCGUCCCCGUGGCCUGCGCGUCAACCGCCUCUCCUCGGGCUUCAUGCUGGUGAGCGCCGCCCUGGAGCUGUGCCAGCACCUCACCCUCUACGGCUUCUGGCCCUUCCCCACCGACCCCGAGGGGCGGCCCCUUCUCCACCACUACUACGACAACCAGCCCCCCAAGCCAGGCGUUCAUGCCAUGCCCGACGAGUUCACCCGCUACGUGGGCAUGCACAUGCAGGGCGCGCUGCGGCUGCAUCUGGGGCGCUGCUGGUAAGGAGCUUAGCAGCGAACGCUGGAAGGAAUGAGGUGGCCCGGCACCACCAUUGCAGGCAGGGCUUGAAGGAAGAAAUGAAGGAUGGCCUGGCCCGGGUAGAGCCACUCUCCGCCCUAGACGCCCUGAUCCAGCCAGGCCUCAGCAUCGACGAUCGCCUGGCCCACCGCCAACCAGAAAGUCAGGCCAGUGUUUGACCCGCACCGGAGUCAACCCAGCCGUAGAGAUGCAGAAAAGAGCUGGCAAUGAGUCUUCGACGUCUGCCUAUAUUGGGGAGAUGCUCACGACGUCCAUUAAGACCCGUGUCCUGCCCCGGUUGGGAACCCCCUUGGGCCGACCCGUACCCCAGCCAAGGUCGGGCCGUGAGCCGCCCGCUUCCUCUUUGCUUAUCACUUCCCACCGUGCCCAAAGUGGAGCUGGUGGACUCAGGGGCCUCUGAGAACUUCCUGGACCUCGACGUUGCUUGGACCCCGUAAUGUUCCCACUCCGCGUAAGCGCAUCCCCGCCUCGGUGGAAUCCCUUUCCCCAGACCCAGUUACCAUAUAAAUGCCACCCCCCGUGGCUGUGACCCCGCUCCAGGGCCCCCGGGAGGCAUCGCUAUUUGGACUAAUCUGCACCCCGCCAAUUCCCCGUCAUCCUCGGCGUUCCUUGGUGGGUCGGCCAGGCCCAUGCAUCCAAGGGGGACCAGGUCUGGCGGCUGACUUCAAAGGUAGAUACCACCCUGUCCCUCGCCCCUCCAUCCACGCUGGGUGUUCUGGAGAAAUACCGAGACUGUGCUGAUGUCUGACAAAAGGAAAUAGAGGUCUUGCAGCCGGUUGUGAUUGAUCCAUCAACCUGUAGCGCCCAGGACCCAUGUUCCCUAUAGCCGUAUCUCCUCCCUCUUGGGACACAUGAGGAAUACCUUGGUGAGAGUGUAGAGAAGGGGUUAAUUCUUCCUUCUACCUCGCCGGGGCGGGCGUUUUUGUGACUAAACAUGAUGGGUUGAUCUCUGGACUUUGAAUGGAGGGACCAUUUGAAACGGCCGCCCGUCACUGAUAUGAGCGACGGUUUGGCAUCUCCGUUCUGCGUCAGGAACGCAGCCGGAAGAGCAUCGCUCGGACCCCACUAGCUGAAGCAAGAGGGAGAUCGGAAUUAAACGUAUUUAAACGAAUAAACCCGGGAGUGGUGAGACAGGGAAUCAUAACGUUAAGAGGCGUAAAUCAUUGUCCGUAGUUGAAUCGUUCAGAAAGGCCGUUUUUAGCAGUUUACAGCCGGGGGUAACAAGAUGGCAGUCGCCGGGAAAUGAAAACGAUGGUCUUGGAGCGAUUCGGCCAAUUGCAAAUAGGCGGAUGAGGUGAGAGAAGGGUCACUCCAAAACUCGAAGGGUCAUGCUCAACUGACCCCCUCCCAAGUCUUCAAUCAGGUCCAGCUUCGAUUGACAGGUGAGUUUAAAAGCUAGGAUUGGUUCCUAAGAACAGACCAAUCAGGGAAGGCUUAAGAUGACUGGUGGAUCAGUAUGUUAAUGAUGAGGAUUGAAGAAAGAACCAAUCAGAAUAGGGUAAACAUCUGGAUAUAAGGCAGGGAGGCGAGCAGCUGACUGGCGUUAGUCAGAGUGGGUGCCUUGAGUCUGAAGGGAGCCACUUACUCAUGAACCUUUUGGGGAGACUUCACUUGGCAAGAGCAUUUCUUCAACUGGACCUUUGUGGAGACAACGGUCUGGUUCGUGUCAGGGAAGGUGACAUAUGAGCCCGGAUAGAAACCCGCGUGGGGAGGGGGUAACCCAGUUCAGAGUGUUGGAAGGGGUACAGGGGCUCCAAAGAGGCACCAAGGGAUGGGGGUCAGAGGAGGCCCAGCCCCCCAGCUCUCUGAUUGUCCAUAGGGUCUUUGUAACUCUACCAGUAUGCCUGGGACUUCACUAUCCUGAACAGUUUUGUAUCAUCUACAGAUGUUGCCACCUCACUGUUUACCCCUUUUUCCAGAUCAUUUACGAGUAUGUUGAACACAACUGGUCCCAGUACCGACCCCCGGGGGACACCAUGAUUUACCUCUCUCCAGUCUGAAAACCAACCAUUUAUUCCUACCCUGUUUCCUAUAUUUUAACUGGAGUGCCUGGCAGAGCCUUCGGGAUCAUCUAACGAUCCUUAAUUUAAUUUAAUGACAAGCCUUGUGAUCUUAAUCACCCUGCCUCUGGUUAUAAACAAACUCCCUGCCCCUUGGGGGUGGAAGCUAGCAGCAACACAGGACUUAUCACUGUAGCCUAUAGGAUUACCCUGUUUGCUUGCACAGAUAUCUCUUAUAGUUUAAUAUAAAUCGAUAAACCUAUUACAAUAAACCAAACACUUACAGUAAGUUUGGCUGUAACGCAAGGGACCUACAGGCCAGAUCCGGGAUGUUGAGGUAAGACAAAUUUAGCGCAUCUAUGUCUGGGACCUUCCACCUAGAGAGAUAGAUAAUGGGAGAAUGGCAUAGGGGCGUUCCAAAUCUACACCCACAAACUUAACAGGUACCACCAGGGAAGAACCGGAAAACCAAAAUAACAGAUGUGUGUGUGUGAGACAUUGCACUCCGUAUGAUUUUAUAAAAAUAUGCUAAUGGGUGAAUAUGAUGUAACUGGAAUAUGCUUCAUGCAAAAGGUCUCUUGUAAGGUAUCAUUACAAAGCUUAUAAUCUACUGAGUGUGAUCAUCCUAUUUGUAUAAAUUUACCACUCUUGUAUCUGGGACUAGAAGUAUGAAAUAUAACUCUGAGGACCUAUUGUCAUUAUGCAAAGUGGGGGCCAUUAAUGGUGGUUUGGAAUUUUGAGGACUCCCAUUAACCAGGACCAUUGUCUGCAGAUGGCUGUGUUUACCUAUAAGUCUUCCUGUAUAUGUGUGUGCUGGCAAGUGGGCAAUGAAGAUUGCAGUGACAUGUGAUCAUGUCACCUGAACUGGAAUCCAUCUUUAACCCGGUGCUUUUCCAGUGAGAAGGGGGGUGAGAACCCAGAGGGACAAAGGGUUCCUGCCUUAUGCAAAAGAUAU